GCCGACAUGGUAGGUGGUUCUUUUUGUGCGUCCGCUUCGUUGGUUGUGCAGGCCGCGAGCCUUACGGGCGUUGCACCCCAACCACCUACCCUUGAUCUUCGCCCGGUUUUCCAGGCCGCGCAUGGCGAGCCUCAGGGCAGGGUGGCCGGCAUGGGCCCCGUAGUCUGGGGCCGCGUGUUCUGCCCGGGGUUCGGAUCUCUUGAGACACGCGGGCUCGCGCGCUCGGGCGCCGCCCUGAUGAGGCCGCCUGGCCCUGGGCCAGGCCGUAACAUCACCUUUGCUGAGUGUGACCCGAAGCAGAUCCCUGAUCCCCCGAGCCUACAGACCCUUCGCAGACGGUCAGAUUCGCUCUCUGUCCCACCUCCCUUUGGCCUUAUCACCAAGCACCUUUUUCCAUACAGCCAUCCAGACUGAGGAAGACCCGGAAACUUCGGGGCCACGUGAGCCACGGCCACGGCCGCAUCGGCAAGCACCGGAAGCACCCAGGAGGCCGGGGUAAUGCUGGUGGCAUGCAUCACCACAGGAUCAACUUUGACAAAUAUCACCCAGGUUACUUUGGAAAAGUUGGUAUGAGACAUUACCACUUAAAGAGGAACCAGAGCUUCUGCCCAACUGUCAACCUUGAUAAACUGUGGACCUUGGUCAGUGAGCAGACACGGGUAAAUGCCGCCAAAAACAAGACUGGAGCUGCUCCUAUCAUUGAUGUGGUGCGAUCGGGCUACUACAAAGUUUUGGGAAAGGGAAAACUCCCAAAACAGCCUGUCAUCGUGAAGGCCAAAUUCUUCAGUAGAAGAGCAGAGGAGAAGAUUAAGGGGGUCGGGGGCGCCUGCGUUCUAGUAGCUUGAAGCCACGUUGGGGGGGGGUUCAUUAAAUGCUAACAAGUGCUUUUC